GUAGGAUUAACAGUCAAUUUCAAUGAAUAAUGAUGAUGAUGGGACAUAGCAUUGGCAACUGUGUUUCACUGAACCUGAAACCUUACAGUUUCAGGGCUUAUUCUUCAUUCACUCGGCCAUUCAUGAAAAAAAAACCCGUGAUAUUGGAUUAUUGGAUAUUCUGGUAACAAGUCAUCUGGCAGCUUCCAGUCACAGCCCAUGACACUUCAACAUUCCUAAUGAAAGAUUCCUCAGGUUCAGAGACAGACCUAGGUACAAGCCCUGUCAUGGCAGGGUCAUGUUCCCAGGCUGCAGGAGUGUGUACUACUUUAUGAUGCCUGUGUGAGCAGCCAGGUUACACCUUGUCCUGGAGUUUCCCAUGGGACCCCCUGGCCUAGGUGUCAGCCCUGCUCCCAGAGCUUCUUAGGACCAGAGGUGGCUGCUGGAGGUGCAACCUCGCACCUCCCACCUCAUAUAUGGAGCAGCCUCCCUGGUCCUCCUCACUAUCCUCUGCCUGCCUCAACAGCAAGACACUGACCACUCACUGCUCAGGGAAGAGCUUACAACCACAGCACCGACUACAACUACGACUACAACAGCUGCAGCUAUGGAGGUGUCCUACUGCUCUCCUCUCCAGCUCCAGGACAACUCUUUCCUGUUUGACUGUGAGUCCCUGCUGGACAAAUCCUAUGAUCCUCUUGCCAAUGAUCCAGCCUUGGACCCUGGUUACUUCAGCGCUGGCAGCAGCCUGUCUCCCACCUCUUCUGUGGACUCCUUCUGCUUUUCCCCUACCUCCCUCCAGGCUGCCGGAAAUGAACAAAACAUUUUGGACAGUUUUGUCUUUAAAAGCCCUGCAGCAGCUCGUCUUACCAACGAGACACAGACUCUGCCCUGCUCAAGAUCCUCCAAUCCAAUCACCUCCACCACAAAGAAAUCCAGAUCCAGGUAUCCGGGGAAGAAGCGCCAGACAGCCAGCGAGAGAGAGAAGCUGAGGAUGAGGGAUCUGACCAAGGCCCUGCAACACCUCAGGACGUACCUGCCGCCCUCAGUGGCACCAGCCGGACAGACCCUGACCAAGAUCGAUACGCUGCGCCUCUCCAUCCGCUACAUCUCCUACCUGUCGGCUCAGCUGGGCCUCAGCGAGGAGGUGCUGGAACAGAGGUCCUCAGGUUUUGUGGAGCAGCCCCAAAACCUCAGCCAGUCCCUGGGUCAGCCAACAGCCAGCUACAGCCCACAAGAACCAGACUGUAACUCCAUGAGCACAGCCCAGCUGUCCUCUCUGCAGCACUCAUAUCAGGUAUGUUCAUAUCAUGGUAAUACAAUUCCACAAAUUUCAUAGCUUUUAAGCUAAAGACAAUUUGCUUUACAAUGAUCUUGUGCUACAGUUGAAUGAGUUCCUAACCAAAAACUGUUUUCUGUUGUCAGGUUUCAA